AUAAAUACGACAAAAAUGGCGGAUGCAGAAGAGGAAAUCGAAGCCAAUCGCCCCCGUCUAGUUGCAAGCGAUUUUGAUGCAUUCGCCGAAAAGCUCUUAAAACAUAAUCUACUAUUAACUGCACUCGAAUUGCAUGCCGAAUUAGUCGAAGCAGGAUUGGAGAUUUCUCGUUUGCGUGAUUUUUUCUCUAAUCCUGGAAACUUCGAACGUCAGUACGUGACCGCAGGAAGUUCCAAGGAUGCACUUUCUUCCAUACUUCGUAAGUAUUUUAUUCUCUAUCGCUGUGUUAUUUUCUGCUCAAGUGUUCUAUUUUGUGUUAUAUUCUAGCUUUCAACUUGUUUUUCUUGUCUCAUAAAUCUUAGUUCAAGCCCGGAAGUGAUAAUUUAAUAAGGCCUAUGCAAUAUAAUAUUAUGGCCAAUAUCUCAGCUGUAAUUUCUUGUCUUUCAUUUUCAUUGCAAAGAUAGCAGCGCUCAUGAUGAAUUCGUCUACAGUUAAGCCAAACUGGUGUGUCUAAUUUCUUUUGAGACCAACAAACCCCACGCAUGUAUAAAUAUAUUCUAAACAAGAUAAUUACAUGUAUGCUUAAUAGAACAAGAGAGCUGAAGUGUAUCUAACAUCACGAAAAAGUAAUCGUUGUUAAUGGUACGAUCAAUCCUUAUUACUUUGAUCGGAAAUGUUAAACGCAUGAUCAUUUUAAUCUUUUAAAUUUUGAGCUUGUUAAAGCAUCUUGUGUCAUGCGUAUUGUGUUGUUGCAGAAAGUAUGCUUAUUAGUUGUUUCGAUACAAGUUUAUUCGGUUGACUUGUAAAUAUUGUUUCAAGUACUUGGCUUAAGGAACGAAGAAUAUUCACCCGAAAUGUUUUCUUGUUCACACGCAAGCUAUAUAUGAAGUGAUCAAAAUGUUUGUACAAUUUCGCUGCUUAAGCUUGUAUCAAAACGACUUUGUAUCGAAACAACUGGUUACCGAAAAUAUUCAUACUCCAACUAUUAUAUGGAGGGUUUGAUUUAGCGAGGGUUUGGGUCUGCUUGAACCCUACUCCCACCCCUCUGGGAAUUCCAGUUUAGCUUGCUUCUUACCUUGUAGAAUUUUAGCAUUUAAGAUCCUUCUCCCCCAAUGGAUUUUUAUUGAGUCUUCAUGGGUUAGGUGUGGAUAUCAAUUUAAUGGAUUGUUUAUUGGUAUAUUAUUUUUAACAGCUCGCACAUCUAGUGUAGCUACCAUCGACUCACUAGAUGACUACACGCGGUAUUCUGAUGAUGGUGCUAGGGACGCUGAUGAAAGAGUCGCAGGUCUGAGAAACUCGUCCUAUUCAUGGAUCAUUUGUCUUUUGUUAUUAAUAUUUAUUAGUUAAUUGUGUUGUAUUUCAGUUUUGGAAUUUGAGCUGAGAAAGGCUCAUGAGACAAUCAAAGCUUUAAGAGGUUCCUUGACUGAAGCAACAGGUACAUUAAUUCUUAUACUACUUAAUAGUUGUUAUACCCCUGACAUUGAUGAUAAAGUGUCUGCAUGUAUCAGGGGUUUCAAUAAGCACCGAUGGCUGACGAAAUGCAUCAGCUAAAACGCGUCGGCUACAUGUACCUUGCUCGUAGAGGUCAGCUACUUUCUAGGUUUACACAGAAUUUGUUUACAUGCAAAAGUACAUUUUUGUCAUUUGUUCAUUGCUUGUACAUGUAGGAAUUGAUUGUGUGACUGAUAAAUAAUAUUGAAAGCUACAUUUUCUUGAAUGAAAGUGCUGAAUGCUGAAAAUCACAUUUUAGGGCUUUGAAAUUUCAAAAUUUUCUGCGGCAGAAUGCACCCCCGAACCCCUCCCCCGAGGAAAAGGGGACUAAUGGCCCCUUGUUGAUACAGUUGGUUACUCUAUUCAAACCUGCUGACUACUUCAAUUUUUAUUGAAGCCCCUGAUGUAUGUAGUCUUUCCGUAGCUUCCAAGGCAUAGAAAAAAAACAACUAAUCAAAACAAAACAAAAAACCUUGCACCUUGCACCUUGUUCUUCGGACGUUAAGCUGUUCUGAUAUUUGCUUUCCUGAGGUCAUUGAAUGUGUGUCCUAAUGUACAGUAUUAUUAUUAUUAUUAUUAUUACUAUUAUUAUUAUUAUUAUUAUUAUUAUUAUUAUUAUUAUUAUCAUUAUUAUGUUUAUUUUUAUUUUUAUUACAGUGUUUUACAGUUAGUUAUAAGCAUGCUUGCCUGGUUCUUGACUACUGCACAGGCAGGCAAGGAAUUGAACUAAUUUACUUGCCUAACAGGAAAAUCUAGUUGUCCUGAACUACUAGACAAGCCCUGAUAAAGCCUUUGCAUAACAGUCUCAUUAUUUUGCUUGUUUUGCAUGUGCAGACACAAAAGUCAAAUAUGAUGAUAAGGUCUCAUCGGGGGUUACAUGUACAUUGUUUGGCAUAAUUUUCAUAAAUACAUUGUAUCAAGUAAAACUACGUGUGCAGUAACCUCUUUUUUUUUUUUUUUUUUUUUUUUCCUUUUUCAUUAACCAUAUCCAUUUAACUUUUUCAAUUUAGAAACUGAGACACCAGUCAAUGAAGGAAAUAAGGGAGACAGUUCUCAAAAUGAACAUAUAUCCAGCGUGGUAUGCAGUAAAGAGUUUUUCCCAAUUCUGUUGAUUGAUUGAUUGAUUGAUGUAUAUUUUUAAACAGUUUUAAAAUAAUAUUCCAUUUCCUGUUCAGUGAAGAGGUACACUGUAUGAAAUAAAUGGUCACAGUAGUUUGUUCAAUCAAUAUUAUUCCAGCAGGAGUCAGACUUUACAGGUAGAUUUUUCUUGAUUUUUUAAGACGUUUCAGCAUCCACUUCCCCUUAAGCAAAGCGUAAUUUUAAUACUUUCUUUGCCAUGUCAUUAACACAACAGAAACGUUUUCAAGGUUUCUUGUUGAGUGUAAUGGACCUCAGAUCUUUAAGUUGGGGCUUGGGCUAUGCAGACACUGGUGAUGACCUUCUGCUGUAAGUUACCCUAAUGUAUCUGCAUCUUAGGGGGAAGUGGGGUAGUUAAUAUUCCCAGGUGAUUGGAAUUUUUUGGAACAUUUGGUCAACAGAAAGCUUAAGGGAAUGUGUUCUUGAGCGAGCUGAUUUUCACGGAACAUCUUUCUUCAAUCAGGAUUCCUUAAGACCUCAUGAAAAGCGUGCCUUGAAUUUCCUUGUCAAUGAGUACUUGCUGAAGAAUGGCUACCGAAUGACAUCUGUGACUUUUUCUGAUGAAAAUGCUGACCAGGUAUGGAUCUCUGCAGUAAAGCAGUCAUUAAAAUUAAUGUUACUGUAUAACUCCGUAAAUUAAUGCAGUUCUGAUUAUUUUAAUCUAACUUUGUUGAGAUUGUGGUAAGCUUUUAUAAGUACAAUGUACAUGAAGUUUCUUUUAAAAUACUUAGUUUUUGGCUGCUUACAACAUGCUAAAAGUAAGAAGACACAAGUCAAGUGAGUAAAUUUUUACUUCAAAGCUCUCCGUUAAGAUUCCCUAACUCACAAUCAGUGAUUGUUGCUGUAGAACAAUUGUAAUGGAUUGAUAACCUCAUGAAAUGAUUGAAAUUCAGUUUGAAGGAGCUGAAGGCAUUUGUUUAUUCAUUCUGUGAGAGAGUGCAUAUUUUGAUUGUUAUUCUAGAUGUUUAUAACUUUUCAGUGAGGUGCAGGUCACGAAGUCAUAAAAAUAGUCUCCGGGCAAGCUCUCUGGUGGAGGGGGAGUUUUCUCCCCUCCCCGUUGACCCCAGAAAGCUUGCUCACGGGCGGUCAUAAAACUGGGCUGAAAACUUCCACUUUCUUUCAUCAACUAUCACACUGUCAAACUUGUCUUGAUAGGAUAUAAUACUUUUUCCCCAUUGACUGUGUUCUCGAUAUCGAUUGCUAGUUUUUAGGUAUUUCCCAUCAUGAUUGGAAGGGUGCAAACUUGACCAACGUGAGGAAAUAGUUCACUGUGCUUUUACGUCUAAUACGAUAAAUUAGUCGCCGCUCAAUGGUAGAACCUUAGCUUUUUGCUGAACUGCUUUGUUUUGUAGGAUUUUGAAGACUGGGACGAUGUUGGUCUGAACACUUCUAAGCCACCAGACUUACUCCAUCUCUACAGAGACUAUAGCCACCACACUGUCCCAGAAGUCAUGUUGGUGUUGAAAGCGGUGAAGGAGGAGAAAGCAAACUUAGAAGCUGAACAUGCUAAAUUACUUGAGGAGUGCAAGCAACUGCAGGAGGAAAUAGGCGAAUUACGAUAUGAGAACCAUACACUCAAUGAGACCAUCGGAAAACUAGAGAGGUGAUAUGUUGAAAAUAUUUGAUUUGAUGAUGUGGAGAUGAGUUAUUACUUUAAAAAGUGAAAGUCUUCUCUUUUUUUGUGAGUUGGCUGUUUGUUGUGUGUGUCCCGCGCUGCUAUCUGUUUGUUCACCUACACUGUAUAAGGGACUUUGAGGCUCUGUUUACAUGGAGGUGGGGGACCCCAGGUAGGUGAGGUAACCAGACCUUUUUCACCGAUCCGAUAUUCUUUCAUUACUGUUAAUAAAUCGUCCUCAAGGUCCAAGGUUAUGAUCUUAAAAAUGCCUUUGACGGUUUUUUUUCUUCUUCUUCUUCAUUUGGAAGAGCAAAAGUAGCAUUUGCGUGAGUCGGAAAAGGUGAAGUGCAAUUCUGAGCUAUCGACUACAUCACAGCUCUAGGAUGAGUGAAGGCACUGUUCGCCAGUAGUGCUGGGUAUUCUUUCUUUGAAAUUAUAGCCCGUGUAGGUGGAGAGAUUAGCAGGCGAGUAGUGUAGGUAUCCGCGAGAAGAUUGGGAGCAAGUCAAAUUGUUUCCCUCGCAGCGAACUGCUCGCCCUGUGUGACGAACCUUCCGCCAAGAACGAACCCGAGACGUAACAAUUCCGCAAGCUACGCAGGCUAUUGAAAUGCAGAAAGUAGCAGUGGGGCACAUAUCGUUAGCUUUCACAAUUUUCGAUGACUGACUAUUCCAGUCCCGUCUAGCGCGGAUUAUCAAGGAUAAUCUGCUUUGCUGUGCGUUUAAACAUUCGUAUCCGUUAUUCCUCAAUCCCCCGCCCUUGUGCGUAUUGGUCCUUCCAUGUAUUUCAGCCCGUAGUUUGACCAUCUAUUUUAUUUCAACACUAUUUUUUUCAGUGAAAGGAAGGAGAUGGCUGACAUGUCGCAGCAGACGGAAUCGGGCACUGAAAGUUUUUUGCAAAACACUGCCAUAAGGGCGUCCACUCCAGAACGGAUAACAGUUAACAACAUGGAAUCCACGAGCGAAACUGACGCCAGUUUCCAUGGCAACGAAGAUACUAACACUUCUCAGAAGAAUGAAAGUUUUCAUGAAAGCGAGUCACACAGUCCAGCUGGGAUCGAAGCGAGCAAUAACAGCGUUAGUGGAGAAAUUGUAACAGAGCAACCUGGUACUGACAACAGAUAUCAGAUGGAGAACAUUUCAGAAAAUCCUGCUGAUGUCAGUGUUGAAUCGACUCAAGAAGAGGUGAGACAUUGAUGAUAUUGUCACCGGGGGAAAACACUCAGGAGACGACUUUUAAACCCUGAACUUAUUUAAUGCGAACAUUGUUCAUUUCGCCACCCCGUUUAAGACAAGACAACUCAUUUCAUGGUCUUACUUGUCACGUGAACUUAGCUCCCACGAGUCUUCUGUAGCUUUGAGUGGUAGAGCAUCUGGACUAGUAACCAGGUCCCAGUUGUUCAAAAGCUGGAUAGCGCUAUCCACCGGGUAAAUCAAAAUCCAGUGGAUAAGUGUAUGGGAAACCAAUUUCACUAUCCGCUUGAUAGAUAUUUAUUCGCCGGAUAGCGCUAUCCACCUUUUGAACAACUGGGAGCAGAAGGUCAUGGGCUCGACUCCCAUUGAAAGUACUCGAAUUUCUUCCGAGCAAGCCUGAUUAGCCGGCGGGAUCGUCCGUGCGAGCAAAGUUUUCUCUGGGUUUAGCAGAGGGGUUGUGAAGCCGUGUGGAGAACUGGAAGGAGACGCUUUGAAAUCUUGCCUGCUGGAAGACUAUGUUUUUUUUUUUGUUUUUGUUUUUUUGUGUUUUUGUUUGGAAAAUGGGCGGAAUUCGGUGCUUGCUUCUCGCGGCUAUGCCGUGAGAAGGACAGCUUCGCGGCCAAAGCUUUCACACGCGCGAAAACAUUUCCGCCAGCUACGCAGACUAUUACGGGGGCGCCUCUGUGACUGACUGAAGAAUUGAAACAUUACGUUUUGGCUACAGAAUAACAUGAAAGUUAUUUUUUAAACUAAUUUUGUGGAAUUAGCCCCUUUUUUUGGAGAUUUAUCGUUCAUACUCACACAUGUAGACCGACCAUUGCUGUUCAAGACGCUAAAUAGUGUAAUUGUAGAACCUUUUUAAGACUAAAGACACCAAAAAUCGGACUCUUUUCAGCGGGACAUACCCUUUUAGUGCCCUUCGCCCACUCCUCCCUCCCGGGGUAGCACAAGGGCGUAUUUGUUUACAUAUGGGCUCAUUUGCAAGCGAUUUUACCCAUAAUAUACGUACAGUAUCAGUAUAAACGGAGUAAUUAACAAGCGGUAAAGGAUGGUAAAACCGAGUAAUCUGCUCAAUUUCUAGCUGUUUGCGAGUUAUAUUCCAGGAAAUGUCACUUUUUCAAAUCGCUGCAGUUUAUGCUGAGUAAUGGGUUACGCAUUCUUCAUUCUUGUAAACGAAUUGGCGUUUAGCCCAGAACUUCACCAAAAUUAUCAAGAAUCCCCCUAUACUUGAUUAAAACCACAUAGACGUGGCAAGGUGAAACGGACCCCUCUACCUAGAGUGCGGUGUUUUGAACUUUACUUACUUUACAGUACUUUUAGUAUAUCUGAAGUGAAAAUUUGUUUCUCAUUGUUUUCAAAUUGUUGUUUCCGCUGUGAAGGGUGAAAUCAUUCCGGAAAGCCCCAUGCCGCCAUCUUCUCCUGAAGAAAAGGAUGUUGGAAGAAAGGUCGUGUCAUCAAGGUAUAGUUCUAAUUAUUAUAGAUAAUAGAUAAACAUUACAGGUUGAGUCAUUUUCGUCCGUAAUCUUGAAGAGGACUGUUGCUGACAGUAACUGGCUUUGCGACAAGUCAGUUCCGGUCCGGUAAAGUAUACCAGCGUGCGAUGUAUAUCGAUAUAUAUAUAUAUUUUUUUCCUUUAAUUUUAUUUAUUUAUUUUUUUUUUUUUCACGAAAAUACGAUUUGUUUAACACGUCAGUGUUUUUAUCCCACUUGACCAAAAAAGGUGUUCUCAAGUACAGUCAACUCUUUCUUGUCCCUUUGGGACCGGCACUAAGUGUCCGUCUUAGAGAGGUGUCCGUCUUAUAAAGAGUCAAAUAAAGGGAGUAAAGAAAGGCAGGGACCAACUCUGUGUGUCCGUUUUACAGAGGUGUCCGUCUUAUAGACGUGUCCGCUAAGAGUGAUUAGGCUGUAUAACAGAGAUCUUUUUCUCAGCAGAACGACGUCAUCAUCCUUCAGAGACAAACUACUGGCCUUCACGCAUGUGCAGCUAGACAACAGGUUAUCCAAUGAGGUACAGCUAUAGUCUCGGGUAGAAUAAAUGUGGGAGUGUUGUAAUGCUAAAUUACUGUUACUAUACCUUUCUCAAUCUUUCCUGGGUUGACUAGUUUUCACUCUUGAUACAACAUGGCAAAAAUCGUCAUAGUAACUAUAUUCUAAAAUCACGUUUAUUUCCUUUUUACCAUGAUCUUACAAACAAUCAAUUUUAAAAAUAAUCACAUCUUGAUUCGCCCUAUUUUUAGUAAGGUAAAACGAAUGCAGAAAGUGCAAGCAAAAAGUUAAGGACAAAUAUUGGUUAUGCAACUAAGAAAUGCAAAGUUUGAAAUAAUUAAGAAGCAGAGAUUUUGAGUUUGCUGCUGCCUCCACCCCCCUCCCGUGCGGAGGGGGAGAGGGGGACUCCCAUAUAAAAGUGACGGGCAUGCUCGUCGUCUCGCUUUGGGGUGCAAAUUGCAGAUUUCGUCUCAUGUAGGGUGUUUGAGACGGAAAGUCACUAUAUUUGCCCAUUCUGGUAUCGCUUAGUACUGUGCAUAAAGAAAUUUAAAAAAAAAUGCCCUGACACUGACCACACAGAAAUCUCCCUCAGGGGUCAGUUUAAGCUUGAGCCAAACCUACAUUGGUCUCCCUUAGGGGUUCAAUUUGAAUUUCCCGACUAGCAUCCCCGAUUCCCGUCACUUUUAUAUUUGAGUCUCCCCCCCCGCUUAGCCACAAAGAAGAAGAGGAAAUGAAAAAACAAACAAAUAAACAAACAAAAAGUGUUAACGUUUCGAAAUCUGAACGUGUAUCAAUGAUGUUUCGUUUACAGAUGCUAAUACCAUUAUCAGCUAAUUAUUAAAUUUCAUGUAUAACAAACUGUGCCAAUGAUCAGUUUUUGUUUUUAUUUUGGUGUCUUUUUCAAGGUUUGUAAGUUGUCCAAUGCAGACGAGAAUGCGGUCCUCAUUGUUGCACGGUGUUUGCCACAUAUCGUACCGAAUGUCCUGCUUAAUAAAAGAGAGGUAAGUGUAAAAAUAAUAUGUAUGUUGAACUGCGUCAACUUUCUGACCAACCGGACAAACUGACUCAUACUAAUUAGUGAAGCGUCUUCUUAAUGAUGAAUGGUUAUCAAAAGUCGCAUCAUAGGUUUUAAUGCACAUUUUCGAAGACGUGCACUGGGAAUAAAAGCUAAGCUGCUUUGAAGAAAGCACAGUACUUUUGUGUUUGUUUGAUUGUUUGUUUGUUUGUUUUUCACUACUACUUUGACUGCCGAUUGAUGACUAAGCUUUAGAGUGGUCCUGAGUGGUCCAGGGUUCGAUUCCCAGCCCAACCAACAGUCAGGGCCUUACAAUAACUCAGAAGAAAGUACUACCUUUGCUUCACAUCUGCGGGUAGUAAAUAGUUAGACGUUCUAAUCUUAUGGGGUCAAAACGAAAACCCAUGCGCUCUUCGUGAUGGUGCAUUUGUUUGCACACACACCGCAUGCAUGCGUCAUAAUCGAGCUUAUCGUUAGUUCAACCCCGUUAAAAUUCAAACAGUAUGGCUUCUAGCCUGCUUCGCAGACGUUAUCUCAUCCCGGUUAGUAAAGUCUGCGAAGCAGCGCCGAUAUCCCUGUUCUGGCUCCACAGCGGACUCAAUGAAUUACCGGAAAUGCGUGUCGAAUUUCCCUUCAACCUGGUUGGCAAAUUUACAAUCGCUUUUUUUAAACUGGCCAAUCAUGGCGCGUAUUUAAAUUCCGGUACAUACAGGUGGGGGCCCAGAACGAUCCCAGAACGAGAAUCUCGGCGCUGUUUUGCGGACGGACUUUACCAGAACGGUUUAGAUUCGUCUGUGACGCAUGCUGUGUGGCUGCCUGUGUUAUCCGUUAAGAGCUAAGUAUUAAGUUUCGUUUGUUGGUAAAAUGGUAUUUUUUUGCUUUAGGAGUUGAUUCCAGUGAUUUUGUGUUCUGCAAUCCACCAUCCAGAAGCUAAAGAAAGAGACAACCUUCUUCAUAUGUUGUUUAAUCUUAUCAAAAGACCCGAUGAGGACCAAAGGUCGGGCGUAAAAAAUUUAUUAUUAUUGAUCUCAUUAUCAUUAUCAUUAUCAUUAGUCUCUAACAACACUUACGCUACAAAAUUUACAUCCAAUACCUUACAAUUACAAUACCUUACGAUACAGUACAUUGCAUUACAUUCCUGCCGCAAAAAACAGAAUACAAUAAAAUGCAAGUCUCAUUUUGAAGUAUAAUAUUAAAAUUAUCUUUUCUAAAGCGAGGGAAAAUUUCCAAGGAGAGAAAGAUGUGCAUAAAAUACUUCCUUUGCGCUGAGUAGAUGUCUUUCUAAACGAUUUGGGUUAAGGUGAUUCCCUGGUUUUGCACUGCGCAUCUCUUACUGCGCAUAACAAGAUGGCCUCCGUAAAAAAGAGCAUGUGAAGUAACAUUAUUAAAAUGAAGUUGACCGAAGAGAAACGCUAUUGCAAUUUUUGCUUGCGGUUGUUUCUUGCCGAGGUGAGACUCGAUGUGGUGGGAGUGUGCAUAACGUAAGCAGUAAGCGUGUUGCUGAGUUCGACUUCCUCACGGAGAACCUCUAUAGUGGAUGUUAGUGCUUAUUCACUUUGAUUUUCAUUUAAACGCUUUCUUUAUCACAUUGUGUCCUAAAUGUGAUAUCUCGAUGUUAAUUCUGUAAAAACGGAUAUUUUUAAUACUUUCUUCCCCCUUUCGCAUACAUUCUAUUUUGAAACUCGCCCCAGUCCUCUCUCAAAAAUCAAGGAAAAUGCAUUUGGCGCGCACUUUCUGCAGCUCUACCACAAAAACAAGUACGGUGACCCCCAUUUUUUAUUUCAUGAUUUUAAUAAGGACAGUGCUUCCUUUCGGUGAGAAAAAAAUUGGCACAAAUCUAUGUUCAGUUUUUUGGCAAUUUUACUAAAUUGUACGGAUUGAGCUAUCGCUUGUCGAAUAAUGCGUGUCCAAUUUAAUUCUACUUUGGAGCCUAAAGUAAAAACAAGGGCAUUAAAAGGCAUUUUUCUGGUACGUAAGUGGAUAAACAAUACAUUAAAGUCAAAUUCUUUGCCAUACCACAUGCAUCAUUGAAAAUAUCUUUCCUUUUUGUCUAGUUUUGGGCUUCGCGCGGUUUUUGUUAAAGGGUCCAAAAUAGCCGUAUUUGUCAGCAUUGUGACGUCAAAACGAGCACGGUGACCCUCACUUUUUAUAACCUUUUUAUCAUCUUCUUGACGUGUUACAUCAGUGUACCAAGUUUCAUCUACAAUCUAUGUUAGGUUCUUUUACUAGGGAAUCACCUUAAACACUACAGGCAAAUUAAAUGAAAAAGAAUACACUUUAUUGUAGCUCCAGUCACGUACUACUUUACUAUAACGACUGAUUUCGAUUAGCAUUAUUUAACUUAGUUUAUAGAGCGCUGUACCCGUAUCGCAAAAGCGGGAUUCGAACCCCGGCUAACUUCUUUUUUUAGGCUUUCAUUUUGCAACUGUGCAAUUUGCGUCUUUGACUGCGAUGAUCUUCUUUGCAGUAAUUUUUUUACUCCGCGGUUUCAAGACAUGAAAUUGAUGUAUUCAUAAUUUUAACUUAGUUUCUGUUGUUGUUUUUAGACAGAUGAUUAUGAGUGGCUGCGCUGCGUUUGCGCAAGUCGUAGAUCCAACACGAGUCGAGGCUGAACUUUUACCACAAUGGUGGGAACAGGUGAUCAUGCUAUUAAGGUUGCCUUGGCAGAUGGUCAUUGGUAAUUGUGCAUUGGGCAUUUGGGCAUACAGAAUUUUGCGAACCACCAAACAAUAGAUUCCCAGGGCGGAGUGCCCAAAACAACCUUUACUGAAUCAACUAUAUCUAACGUAUGGGAUGUGUACUGACUGUUUUCGUUUUUACACUGUUUGCCUUUUGUUGUAGAUCGGCCACAAAUAUAUGGAAAGAAGACUUCUUGUCGCAGAAUCUUGCGGUGGACUAGCGCCUUAUUUGCCGGUACACUAAACCGUAUUUUGUGCUAACAUGGCCGUGUUCUCACUGAUGAAUCGUGUUAAGAGUAGGAAUCCUUACAGUGACCAGACUUACCAGGCCACGCGUUGCCUAGAACAAGAUGGAAGCACACUUUUCUGAACUAGUGCUUUUCUUCCUUCGCAUUUCAAUGCGCUUCGGUUUACUCUGGUCUCAGGGCGAAACGCAUUUCGUUAUUCUAGAAAGUGUCACUUUUAGGUCACAAGAGGUCGCUGUAGUGAUAAUAAUUUUGCAUAAACGUUUGCUCGCAAUCGGAGGUUAGACGGUAUUUUUUGUGCCAGCACUGGGAUACCAUUUCUUAAAACUGCUUGACCUUUAAAUCUGGCUUGUAUUUUAUUAUUUGCUUUGUGAUGGAACCCUAGUAUGUCAACACGUGCCUUCUGUUUUUCUGUGUCCUUGGCGGAUUAGCUCAGUAGGUAGAGCCCUUGACUGUAGAGCAGGAGGUCGCAGGUUCGAUUUCCCUGGCCGGACCAACACUCGGGGUCUUAAACAUGACUAUAACUGACAACUGAAGGUAUUGCCUUUGCUCUGCAAACGGCUAAACCUUUGUGUAACUCGGAUGAGCACGUGAAGUGGUACUCCCAUGUAAAAAAAAAAUAUAUUGUCCCCAAUUAGUACUUUCGUGUUUAAUACAUUGACACGCAAAUAAAGAGCUUUAUUUAUUUAUUUAUUUAUUUAUUUAUUUAUUUUGUGUCCGUAGGACGAUAUUCGCAGUUCUUUGGUUUGGUCCAUGUUGAAGCAGAUGCUUAGUGACGAUCGAAACGAGGCGGUACGAGAGGCUGUUACCAAGAGCCUGGCACUUGUUGUUGCUUUUAUUGAAAAUGUGGAUAAGUAUGAACAGGUAGGACGGACGUAUAUAUUUCGACUUUGAGCAAAUAUGAUGUUUAAUACGGAGCAACGAAAGUUACUUUCGCCGCUAUCAAAAUGGUGUUUAAGUCCCUUAAAAUUAAUCAGCAUUACAUUUCUCUUGUUAUAUCUAUGAUUUAUAAAACAGAGUGGUCACGAACGAAAAUGUAAAAGAAAGAAAGAAACGUGGCGUAGAAGUCGCGCAUGGUCCUCCACACACUGUACAGUAAAAAUGUUGGGUGAAUGUUUGAACUCACUCCAACCGGUCCAACAAGGUGUUCAAACGUUAACUUGAACCCAGCGUGUUGCAUCCAAUAUUGCCGGAUCAAGUUGGACCAACAAAUUAGACCUGUUUUGAAACGGCGUAAGAAUUGUUUUGCGACAGCCUGGUGUUCCCACUUGGUCAUGAACAAGCCUUUUUUUUAUGCCGCUAGAAAAAAAAUUAAGACCUCGAGCCUCACACGUGCGGAAUCUGGUGAUCCUGGGUGAAGUAUAAUAAUGUUAACCGCGGCAGGAUUAGCUCAAUCGGUAGAGCGCUUGACUGCAGCUGGCAGAUCGGAAGGUCGCAGGUUCGAUUCCCGGGACCUCGUCAAUACUCAAGGUCUGGGGAAUGAGGUAAUGCCUUUGCCAUGCAAACGGCUGAAGCUUUGUGUGGCUCGGAUGGCCACGUAAAAUGGCGGUCCUGUCUCUAUUAGGAGACGUAAAAUAGUGUCCCCAAUUAGUACUUUCGUGCUAGAUACUUUGACACUCAAAUAAAGUGCAUGUAAGUGCAUAUUGCUCAUUAGCAUUAGAUUCGAUGCACUUACACCUUAAGGUCAGUGUUAUAAGGGCCUUAGAAAAGAAAUUCAACAAGAUUUACAGCUGUAAAUUAAUUUCUAUUACAUGGAAAUGCUACAUCGGUUUUGUUAUCUCCUAGGCAUACGAACUCCUCGUGGACACGCUGUUUGAUUCUUCGGAGAAAGUAGCAAAAACCUCGAUUGAGGUGUUUCUCCCAUCGCUCGCUAGUUGGUCUCAGGAUCUUGGGAAGUUAGAGUCCCAUCUUCUUACAUCGCUUAUGUGUAACAUGGAAAAUACUAUCAGGGUAAGCCUUCAAUUUACAAGAGUAUCGUAAUGUAUAGAUUGGUAGCAUUCCCUCAGGAUUGUCUCGUGGACGAUAACCUGUUCCAGGUGUUCAGAUGGUAGAUCGCAGCGUUUAGAUGGUGGAGGGCGAGCUAAAUUGUAAAAAACGAGGGGAGAAUGCGGUACGUGGACAAGCAUGCUACCUGCGUUUGCGUUGCUCGCUUGCACGUAGCAUGCUCGCCGGCACGACAAUCUUACCCUUUUAUCCCAUGAGUGAUCAUCAUCAAUUCUCUCCUGAAAAUAUCAGUGCAUAAUCAAUAGAAGAAGCUAUGAGAAUUAAUUAAAUGAUUAUUUAAGGGGAUAUGCUAUUAUCUUUCAAAUCAAAAUUCUCUCAGCUAAUUCUUUAAGGAAAGGUAUGGAGAUCAGUCUGAAUAAUUUGUAGGUGGAUAUUUGGCGUUAAAGGGUUAAGAGACUGCUAGUGGUCUACCUAACGUAAAUUAAAAAAAAAAAAAAAAAAAAAAAAAAAAGAAAAGAAAAAAUAAUAGUUAGAAACUUCUUCUGUUAUUUCCUGCGAAUAAAAUGAUUGUACCCGAAAAGGUUUUUAGGGGAAGUAUGGUUUUAUCUGGAAAUACCUUUUAAUGUAUGAAUAAAACAAAAUACUGGUUUUUCGUAGGAUUACCAUCAGGUAGAGGAAUUAUCUGCAGAAUCGGAAGACAUAGAGAAAGUUUACACUACACUAGAGACCAUCCAAAAGAGGCUUCCCAGAAGUAUUCAGGUCGUUACCACACUUAUUCCCGCGCUUUUUGCAACAGUUCUACGGUCAGGUAAACUUAAGAUUGUCAAUAAUUUUGUCGCCUCAACGUUACGAUAAGCUGCCUGCAGAGCUGAAAAAUCACUCUUUUUCAGUCACCUCUUCCACCCCUCUCCUUUAAUUCGGAAGGCUGCCAUUCUUACAGGAGAUACAGUUGUUUCCCCCCAAGUUUACAAUCAAUAGACCUUAUUCACGAUACCCGCCAUCUUUGCACGCCCUUAAGGACUGAUGGGAUAAAAGUGAUGUCAGGUGGAUUCUCAGAGGGCAAACAAGUGAGAAAAUCUGUCAGUAUAAGAAAGCAGGCUCGAGUAUUUCCAUUAUAGACAUCAGGAAAUUAAUAACUGUUUAUGUAAAAGACGCUAAUGGUAAAUUAUGGGUGAAAGUGAUCAUUGUUACAUUUUUUUGGAUGCAGUAGCGACCGUACAUGUCCUCAAAGCAGGUAAUAAUGACGUAAAAAAUUGUCGAAACUCGAACUGUACAUUUUGCAAGAGUAAAAUCGUCGUCUCGUUGUGAAAGAAUGAACAAACUUGACCGCGAUUACUCGUAUAGGCAAUUUUAUUCCGUCUUUGCCUCCUAAAAUACCACGUGACAUUGUCUUUAUCCCAUCAAUCCUAAAGCGCUACAAAGAAGGCGGGUAUCGUGAAUAAGGUAUAUUGUUUAUAUGUAAAGUGCAAAGCAGCCGUAAUUUUUGUGUUGGCGCAUAAGACUUGUGUGAUCUCGCGUCUCCUCUCGCGUACCGCUAGCCUGUUCCAAGCGUUCAGAUAGUGGAGAGCGGUGCGAAGUAAAGAAAAAACGAUGAAAAGUAGAGGGGGACUACUUCGCACCGCUCCCCACUAUCUGAACGCCUGGAACAGGCUAGCGUACCGCUUGCACGUGAAUUUUCACGAUAUAUUCCAGAUGGAGGGCUUACUCUCUGGCUAAAGUUGUUUUUGUUGUUGAAGCUGACUGUUUUUGGCAGAAUAUUUUCUUAUGGGUACUUGCAUGUCAUUAUGUAAUCUAAGAAGUGAUAUUAUGCGUCACUGCUAUACCCACUCUUGUAGUUGACCUAUUCCUCUUCCUUGGAACGAGCCGACACUAUCAUGUUCACUUUCCGAUGAAACACGCACACCGUUCUAGCCUUCUCCUCGUUAUUAAUUCCCAAGUGCCAGUCAAUAAUACAAUUUCUUUUUUCACAGUUUGACUCUUCCCCUAUCUUCCGCGACUAAUCUUGUAUCGUUUGUUUUUAUUGCUUCUUCAUCUCUCCAGCACCAUUCGCCAAGAAUCCAGGACACGUCGAACGCUACAACGUUCCAGGUAUAAGGAACUACAGUGCCGUAACUUCAAUAUGAUGUCCAGCGAUCGCAAAGCUUAGAGCCUAGCGUUGGCUGGUUAAAGGGCUUGCACAUCCUUUGUUUUAUAUCGUUUUAGUUUUCUUUUUUUUUUUCCGUCACACUUCCGAAGGCUGCUUGCGGGUUUUAGCGACAAUUUUGUGUGGGAUGGUAUGAUACUCUCUUAGAUUCGCUAGCCGGUAUCAUUAUCACCCUACCAUAUCUGUAGUUUUGAAUGGGUUGCAGGGGUUCAUGGAUGUUUUGACGAUAAUUUGUUGAUCUAAGAUCGAUCAGCUUCCUUUAUUUAAAUAUUCUGUGUAUUCUUUGUCGUUUGAUGGGAUGUUUUGGUGCUACAGAACGAGAUUUGUGGACUUCUGUCUCUCUUAAAGACGCACUGAUCUUCUGUUUAAUGUAUAUGUCUAGAUACCUAUAUAAUUCACCUUACAAUUAAAAACACUAGUUAAGACCACAAGUUUGUUUGGCCACUGUGAUACCUCUUCCCCCAUUUCGAGUGCGUUAACUGUCGAAUUGAACGGGACAGAGUUUAUACGAAUAUAAAAUCUUACUGUCGUAACCCUUAAUCUCCACUAAAUUGUACCCUGACGAUUGUUUGUUUGUUUUGGGUUAUUUUAGUUUCAUCAGAAAGAUUUGCGGCGGCCGUGUCACCAUUAACCAAUAUUGAGACAAUUUUUGGUGGGAGCCAAGCCGUCGCAUACCAUGUGCGCCGAUUUGAUAAGCACGUGUCGGAAGAUCAGUUUGAAUCAUGGGAGAGUUUGUCUUGGAUCCAUUAUGAAUGGUAAGUAGUUUUAGUUACAUUUAAUCAGGUAUAAAUGGGGAGAAAUUUCACUUAGUGGAGCCUCCAUGUGCGAUCACCCAGCGGAAACACCAAAAUUUUCUAAUCUUGCUAAAGCCUUAGAGUGAAAGUGAGUUAAAAACUCUCUUACAUUGUCAUAUACAAAAAGAACUACUGAUAAAUUCCAUCUUUUAAUUUGGCAUUUUUUUGCCAUUUCCUGAUUUUAUCUAUCCAUACCAGGAUAUAAGGUUUUCUUUCCUCAUUAUUUUUCUCUUUUUAUGUAUUUAUUUAUUUCUAUUUUUAUUUUCAGUCUUCCCAAUCUCUGUAAAAUUGUAGGUAAGUUCAGCAGACAUGACAGAUUUGUUGUGCAUUUUUUUUUCCUUCUUUCUCCCUUUCGUGUUCCCUUGCUUUCUUUCCAUCGUUGUUGUUGUUUUCUGUUUCUUCUCUUCCUCCCUCUCGCUUCUUCUUCUCGUCCUUUUUCCCUUUCUUUUGUUGUUCGGCUUGGUUGCUGUUCUUAAUCACCUUUCUUUUGGUUGUAGGAAAUAUCCCUGUGACCAUGACAGAAUCUGUACAGCAAUGUAUUUCACUCUUCCGUGCACUGUGUAUAACAUGUGGAAAACCAUAUACCUCAAAAAAGGUACUACCAUAUCCUUUAUAAAGCAAAUUUGACAUAAGCAAAUAACGCUAAAUUCCUCCAUCUAGUGAUGGCUAUUAACCAUACUCUAUUAGACAAUGUACAUGUACAGGUGUAUAUUGCAUUGAAACGAGGCUAAGACAUACCACACACACCAAUUAGGUGGUUUCCUUGGGUCUCUUUUUACUGGAUAUAUGCCCCUGGCCUCCAGAACGUAUUUUGUCUAUUAAGACGAAAACAAAAUAGAGCUAUGUAAAAUUUCUUGUGGAGAGGUGUCACCCGAAUGGUCACAUCUCAGGAUUUCAUCCAAUCUCAAAGGUUACAGACUCUACACUGGACUGUAUUACCCACAUGGCAUACCAAAAGAAAAAGGGAAAGGGAGAAAAUGGGCUCAAUAACUUUUAGUUCUAUAGACUACCGGUUGUACAUGGUUUCUUUCACAGAUAAAACCGUUUUGCAUGGAUAGACUCAACGUACUUACCAUAAACGACGGUGAGUGCUAUUGGAAAAUACGUUGCUACACUGUAGUGUCUCGUAAACCUUAUCAUAAGACAUUUUCGUUGUUGUUGUUUCUUUUUAUUUUACAUUUCUUUACUGCUUUGGUUUCAGAAAGAAGAGAAGCUUUAUUAUCCAGUGCCUCCCUCCCUGUCUUAGCCGCUGGAGUUCUUGGUUGCUUUGACUCGGUAAAAUGAAACAGGCAGAUAUAAAAAUGAAAACCCGGCAUUGUGUUUCAUUAGUGCUAUAUUUGUCCUUUACUUUUGUCAUAUUUGCCCUUCGCUUAUAUCACAUUUGUUCUUCAUUUUUGUCAUAUUUGUCCUUCACUCAUGUCAUAUUCAGCAGUUAUUGAAUGAGGCUGAGUAGAAUGUGGAGAGUUAUGCAGAUCGAGGAGGAUCUUAUCCACCUUGGCCUUCGGCGCAGCCUCAGUGUAUGAACGACAUCCUCAGAGUCCGAGACGUUAUUCUUCACUCAUGUCAUAUUUGUCUUUCAGUUAUAUCACAUUAUAUAAUUUAUUUUGUCCUUCACACAUGUCUCAUUUGUCCUUCACUUAAGUCACAUUAAUGUCCUUUAUUUAUGUCAUAUUUGUUCUUCAUUUAUGCUAUAUUUGUGCUUCGCAAUGUCUUUUAUGUCCUUAUUCGUUCUUCACUUAUGCUAUAUUUCUCCUUAUUAGGAAGAAGACAUGUCUGACUUAACGUCAUUAUUACACAAUUCAGUUAUUGCAUUAGCGGAGGCCUCGGUACCAGUUGAUGGCCCUGUCAUAAUGUUCCAGGAAUUAAGGUGAAUGUUUGUGUCUCUGGUGAUUUUCCUUGGGCUCUGCAUAACUUUGCAUUCCUUGCAGAACUUGUGUGAGAUCGUAAAAUUCUAGUUAUGUUCCGUGUAAAUCCUGCAUUCGAAAUGGCUAACGUGCUUGCUUUUAGACUGAUAUUAAUAAAUACUUGGUAGAAAUCACUUCGAACUGCUCUUAAAUUUUCAAUUUUCUUGAUUGCUAUUAGCUUUGAUGACUUAGUCAGGACUCAAUCCCACGUCUACUACAUGUAUCUGCUUAUAAAUCCAGAGGUCUUCUUCUAACAGGCCUUUUGCAGCUAUUCAUUCACGUGGUACAAAAACCCCCACGCUGCAAAGUAACAUACGUACUGGAAGAAUUGAGCUCUUUGUUUUUCUUCUCCUAAUGUGUCCCUUGCUCUCAAAGGCAGUUUUGUACCACGUGGAUGAAUAGCCUCAAAGGGCCCAUUGUGUUAUUAAAAGAGGUGGGCCUACCGUGUGGCACCAUAGUCGGCACUGAAUUUUUGCGGGUUCUACUUUUUGCGAUUUUUUCAACGAUCCGCCAAAAUAAGUUCCCGCAAAUAAGAAUUAUCGCAAACAUUCUUCCCGCAAAAAUUUACUCCAUAGUAAAUAUUCCCUAACUUAAAUUCGCUACACAGAACUACAAUACUAAGAAAUCAGAAACAAAGAGGUAUACAAUGAAAUACUGGUUUUAUUGUAGUAUUGUUUGAAAAUGUGUAUUUCUGCAUGUUACAAGUACUCAAUAAAAACGAAAAUAUUACCAAUGCUGGAUACUGGGUACUUUGUGAAAAUCGCAAAAAUUAAUUCCUCGCAAGAAAAACCAGUCUGUCCUAAUCUCGAAAAUUAGUUCCCGCAAAACACAGAAAAUCGCCAAUCCGCAAAAUUAAACUCCCGCAAAAAUUUCGUACCACACGGUAAUCUGUGCAUUGAGUGUGUCCCAAAAUAAAGUGUAGAACUCGGGAAAAAUGUGUUGUUGUUAAUUUAGUUUUUGUUGGUCUUAUCUGUUUUCUAAUUAACCUCGAUUCCUGUUUCAGUUCUUCAUCCCGUUAUCAUCAGCUUUUGAUUGGCGUUUUAUGGCAAAUCGUCGUCAACUCAGAGGCAAUUGUCCGCAGCUCAGCAGCACCAUUAUUUACAGUAGGUUUCAUCAUGGAGUGCAUUGUACAUCAUGAUAAAUGAAUGAAUGAGUCAAUAAAAAAAUAUCACCAGAAUUUGUUUUACUAAGCACUCUUUCAAAUCACACCCCCCUGGAAUAAUUAAAAAUAACAAUAAAAAUGCUAUUUGUUACAAGUAACAUAGGAGGCCAUACAGCAUGAGUUUAACCUUUUAUAUGUCCAACCCUGCCUCUGUUAUCGAUAAAGUCAAGAUGAUGCGAUCUUGCGAAGCGAGGAUCGUCAUUGUGCUGACCUAUUGUUGUUAUUUUCAGGUUUUAAUCAAAGGUGUUGACCUUGAUUUAAUUAGCAGACAGGUUUUACCAGCACUAGUCACAUUGGCUUCAGAUUCACAAAUGUAAGUUCAGUCUUUCGAGAGUAAACGAGCCAGCAUUUUUGUAUAGUUGAACUUUGUGGCAGUAGAAUGUCAUCAGUUUCUGAUGCGAGAUUCUGGCUAUGUUACCUAUGACAGUUAAGUGUGUGUGUGUGUGUGUGUUUUUUUUUCUUUUUUUUUUUUAAUUUUGAAUGGCAUUGCAGGUCAGUACGGACAGCUUCAAUCCCUGCAUUUGCUGCCAUAGUAGAGAACGUUACCGAUAAAACAGUAAGUGAUAAAUCAAGUUUUUUGUAUGUUAUGUUUGUUGUUGAUGGUAUUUUUUUCCUUGAAAGUUCUAACCGCAUUAUCACGCUUUCUUUUGCUUUAAGGUUAAAAGUUUCUAAAUGCUGCAUACAUUUUUUCCCUUCAACAAACAUUAGUUAGUAAUUAAAAUGUGCAAUGGUUAUGAAUACUAUCAGACGUCUCUUUUUAUGUUUCUGUUAGCUUUUACAGACUUCAUAACCAGUUUCCUUUGCUAACUAUGAACAAACUAUCAGUCAAUAAAUAAAUCGAUCAAUCAAUCACUUAGUCUGUCAACCAAUCAAGACCUAGAUUUAACAAUCCAAAUCAAUAAGAAAUGCUCUUGAAUACAAAUCAAUAAGAAAAAGCUCUUCCCAAAGGUCGUGCAAAUUUUUCAAAGUUACAAGUGUAUGGAAGUUGGAGAUUACAUACAGUAUUCAAAGCUAAAUACCAAUACCUAAUGUAGAAGGUGAGAUAACCAAGGCCCCGUCCACAUGCAUCCGUUUUUAUUUCAAAACGGAUAUUUUUUUGUCUCCGGUUUGGCCUACCGUCUACACGUAUCCGGUGAAAACGGUCACCGAAAACGCAUUUUUCCAAAAACGCUCUCCACUGUUAAGAGUUUUUAAAACGCUGGCCACUCGAUUACAUGUGGACGAACAUCAUUUUCUACUAGCAUUACGCGUGCUCUUUGAGGGAUGCUAUCGUAUUUUUUAUUGUUUAACGUUUUCCUAAAGACGAGCGAAACGAUGUAAAUACGGUACGUGUGGGCGUGUUUUUUUGUUGUUGUUGUUUUUUUUUUUUUUUUUAACGGAGGAAAAGAAUUCUCGUUUUUAAAAAUUAUCGGAUAGGUAUGGAGGGGCUCUAAGCCUUCAAGUGCUUGAAAACAGUCAAACUAAUUGCCUGCUUGGCUCGCGGGUGAGGCUCCCUUACUUUUCAUUCUCUUUUGCAGAUUUUAGAGAAAGUUUACGUGCAAUUCCAGUCAUUUUUGGAAGAUCCGCAAUACAAAGAUCAACACGAACUGCAGACCACAAUGAUUCGAACUUUUGGUAAAGUCGCACCCCACGCGGAGCCGCAUUUCAGGGAUGAAGGUACAUGUGCCGAGUAAUUCAGGGGGCUUACCCUUCAAUUUACAUCAUUUGCAAUCUAAGAAAGUAAUGAGAGCUUCAGGUUUGAUGGUCUUUUCCCCUUUAUCGUGUUUUUUUUUGUUGUUGUUGUUGUUUUUGUUGUUUGCUGGUUGCCCAGUAGUGAUUUUUUUUCCUGGUGUGUUAUUACCCGUUUGAUAGGGAAUUUUAUUUCCUUAUUUUUUCUUAGUUCUCUUGCCACGGUUGGUGAUGAUGGCGACGAUAAACAACCAGUUACAAGACGAAGACAGGCGAAGAGAGAUUGCGCUUGAACUAAUGGAAGCUUACGUGUCAUUGACAUGCUGCUGUAUCUUUUGCUGACUUCAUUUCAACUUUUUCUCUAAUUGUUUACACCGAAUUUCCAUCUUAAUUUCGCCUACUCUUUUUGUAAUAAACGUUUUACUUCGAGAGAAACAAUUGACCUUACUAGCAGAAAGGCAACAAAAAUGAAAUGUAUCGUUAAAACAAGCGCCUUUUAGCAACGGUUCUAAUUUCUUAGAACCGAGAAUCCAGAAAAAAAGACGCCUAUAGUUGCAAGGAACGUAUUUCGUAAAUUACUCUUGACAACGUAUUGUCUCGUGAAAAAAGCUACUGGAUGCUCGUAGCCUCGAAUAAGUGACCUUUUUGAAACAAAAAAAAACAAAACAAGACAAACAAAAAAAAGCAAACCAUGUUUUACGCUUUGUUGUUGUUGUUGUUUUUUUUUUUCUUAACCUACCUCGGUCAUUUCCAUCGACGUUUUAAAUGAAUAUAUUAUCCCUGGACUGCGUGCUGUCAAGCAAGAUAUCGAGACAUUAGCUCCCGACUCUGAGGUUAGAAUCAUCUCUUGGUUCAAAAGUUAUUUCAAGAUUCUCUAGUAGUAUGGAUGAUUCUUACUAGUUAACGUGUGUGCUAUGGCUGCUUACCUCUGGCUUACUGCCUUUAAUUUGAUUUAUAAUAUUAUUUAUUACUUUUACGUACUUAUUCAUACAUAUAUCGACUGCUGGCCAACUUCCAAUUUGCAAGAAUCACCAAUUAUUGUGAUGGAGGCAAAUAAUUGUUCGAUAGAUAGACAGACAGACAGACAGACAGACAGACAGACAGACAGACCGACAGAUAGAUAGAUACUUCAUAAGAAUAAGGAACGUAACGAGAUUUUAACCUCAAUACCCUGCAUGAGGCUGAUGAUUUAAGAUAACAAGUGAAGAAAAUCUGUAAAAUCUGCAAUUCUGUUUUCUUUUGUAAAGGAAACUGUUCUUGUACUUCUCAAGGAAUGUGAAACCAAAGUUGAUCAAAAAUCAUUUGCAAAGUAAGUGUAGAUGCAACUGUUGUUAUUUUUUAUUUAUUUAUUUGUUUCUUUUUUGUUGGUGUUGUUUUGUUUUCGAUUGUCAGAUUUUUUUACAUACUAAAAAUUAUCAGGCACUAAAAGCUUGCUUCGUUUUCUUUUUUAUGACAGCUUUCCAGCGAGCAGUAAGAUAGGGCAAGAGCUAAAAAGCACAUUCAUGAGUGGCUUUCACAAAUUAAAGGAUGCCCCAAGACCAAAAAUGGCGGACAUUUUCAAAAAGAAAGAUCGUUUUGAUUCAUGACGUACGUGCGUUGAACGUGCUGAUGAAGUUCCAAAGAAACCAGUCAGCAGUACGCGAUCAACCGCGCAUGCCCGACGGCAGGUCUCGAUACACCAACGACAGUAAUAAGGAGGUCCUGACUCGGACAUUAGUAGUAUUGUAGGGACCGAAUUACCGAAUUAUCCUUUUGUGUGGAGGAAUUUCUUUUUUUCCUUUCUUUCUUUUUUUUGGUGGAGGAAUGUAUUAACGGUUAUGACUUCAUAGCCUUUUGUCUUUCUGUCAUGAAUAAAAUGCGG